UACAUCUAUUCUUUAAACUAGUCUUGAAAUCUCUUAAAGACAUAGAGAAAAUACAGUUGAAGUUGGCAGCUUCUGCCUGACUACUAGAGCUAUAAAACUAGAGAAAGUUCAUGCUAUUUUUGUUGCUUCAAGAUUAUAAAUCCCAAAUGGAGGGAAUGAUGAGAAAAGAAGAAGAAGAAGAAGAAAUCUUUUAUUCUCCUGAGAAAAUGGAAGAGAGAAAUGGGAUGCACACCGUUGAUGAGAAGGAGAAGAAAAGGCUUGGAUAUAUGAGAGGCAUUGUUGAAAAUCAAGAUCCAUCUUGCAAGGAAACGGAUGAUCUGACACUGAGACGGUUCCUUAUUGCGCGUGAUCUGGAUGUUGAGAAAGCUUCAGCCAUGUUCAUUAAAUACUUCAAGUGGAGGCGAACAUUCGUUCCAAAGGGUUUCAUUUCAACAUCGGAGGUCACAAAUCAACUAGCACCAAAGAAGGUGUGCAUCCAAGGAACAGAUAAGAGAGGAUGUCCCGUCUCAGUUUUGUUUGGCGCUAGACAUUUUCCCUGCAAAGGUGGCACGGACGAGCUGAAACGUUUUAUAGUGUUUGUUCUGGACAAACUAUGUUCAAGGAUCCCUGAUGGACAGGAAAAGUUGACAAUUAUUGCAGAUCUUCAAGGAUAUGGCUAUUCUAACAGCGACUUGCGUGGAUAUCUUGCAAUCUUUACCAUUUUACAGGAUUACUACCCAGAAAGACUUGGGAAAAUGUUAGUUAUCCACGUACCUUACAUUUUCAUGACACUGUGGAAGAUUAUUUACCCAUUCAUCGAUGAAAAUACCAGGAAGAAGAUCAUAUUUGUGGAAAACAAGAAGUUGCAGGCCACUCUAUUGGAAGAGAUAGAUGAAAGCCAGCUUCCAGAGAUUUAUGGAGGCAAAAUGCAGCUAGUUCCUAUUCAAGAUGCCUAGCUGAUGAUCCUGUCUCAAAGUAUUAAUAAAACCCGAGAAUUUAACUUACUGGAAUAAGAGAUGUAACAAUGCAGCUUCCUUUUCCAUGUCUGGAUACUAUGGAAAUGGGGUUGGUAUCACCUAGAUCUUGGGUUAGAAGGGUGAAAGUCGUACUAGUACACAUCAAUCAAAUGUUUGAUAAUUGUUUCUGUGAAA